UUUGUCGUCUUUCUUUUGCUUUACUGUGUGUGGGAAAGUGAAAUGUUGAGGAUUUUAAAGAUUUUGUAAACCGUCGUUGUUUUUUAAUAGAUAAAAAAUAACAUACAGAAAUUAUAUCUAAUCAACAUAAAGAAUAAAAUGGAAACAACAGAAGUAAUUAUUGCAAGACUUGUAUUAGGGUAUUUAAAGGAAGAAAAAUGCAGAAUUGCUUAUAAGGAAUUUCUUAAAACAUCAAAAUACUUACAAGGUGAUUCAGUAACCAAGGCUAAAUAUUUACCAACGAGAUUUGUUGGCUUAACAUUAAGUAAUAUAUUAUGUGAAUAUUUUGAACUCUCUAAAAUUGUACAAGGUAGAUUAGAAGCCACGAAUUAUUAUAAUGAACGUCACACAAGAUCUUCUCUAAUAGAGCAGUUGUUAUAUUUAUUGAAUAAAAAUCAAUCAAGUCGAACAUCAACCCCUUGUCCGAGGUCACCCUUGGAAUCCAAUUUAGACGAAACGAGUCCAUCUCACAUCGAUCAUGUCAGUGAUGUUGAAACCACCCCAGCACAUACUUUGCCAGGUAAUAUACGAGGUACCAGUGAAGACUCGUAUCUGUAUAAAACUCCCAAAAGAAAAUCAAAUUCAAAGUUGAAUAAAUCUGCAACAGUGGCUAAUUUACAAACGACUAAUAAGGAAGAUAUGUCAGAGGUUAUGGCAAACACACUCCUAGAAAAUAAAGAAUUUCAUGAAAAAAUAGCUAAAACUAUUAAUAAAGUUGCAGAAAAACAGUACAGAGUAUCGUCUGAGCUAGAUCAAACUAUUAAAACUGUUGUGAAAGAAACAGAGGCUGACCCAAUGUUUGAUAAAAUUCUUGAAGAAAUAAUUGGGUCUACUUCAGCUAUCGAAAACUGCAGCAGUAGUACUAGCAGUGCCGCUAAAGAUUCUAGAGACGACUUGACAAAUAAGUUGAAAAGGUCUCAGAAACGUUUAAAUUCGGAACAAUCUGAAGAGGAUGUCGAUCAGAUGAUAAGGACACAUUGCAAUCCUGUAACAGUUGAGCAACAAAAUGACGAAGCUAUUCGUUCCAUCGUUGCUAAUUCAAAUUUGAAACCUAAUUCAGUAGGAAGUACUCAAGAAAUGCAUGUGAAUAAUGAGGUUACAGUUUUUAAUGGGUCUUUAGAUAAAUAUUUGACAUCCAACACCUGUAAUGCGAACACUCAAACUCAACCCUUGCAAAAUCCGUUGUAUAUAAAUACUGGUGGUUUACUUAUGGUACCUUCUGGCAUUACAUCAAAUGGAAAUAUGCAAAUUGAAUCAACAAAACAGUACUAUCUUGUGAACAAGCAGUCUACUGUAAAUUGGAGUAUUCCACCUAUUCAGACGACAAAUAUUAUAACUGAACAAGAUAUCUUAGCUAUGCCAACUGUCAUCGUGAGUGACGAAGGACAUAAUAAAAUAACUACCUCCGAGCCAGCCUUACAAACUUCUAUUUUAACAACUAAUUCAAAGUUAACAAAAAUUAUGCCCAAACCCACAAUAGAAAUAGCAACUGAAUAUUUAAAUGAUUUCAGUGGAAAUGAUAUUCCGCAGCAGAGUGGUUUGAAAAAUGUUGUUUACCCUAAGGCAACAAAAAAGGCAAAAACUAAGGAGAAAACUGUAAGCACGACCUCUAGUCAAACCACAGUUGAUACACAUGCCAUGGAUAUUCCGAGAGCAAAGAAGUCACUCCCUGAUGAGUUGCAUGAACAAGAUGAAGGCGAUAAAACUACUGAGAGUUUACAAACAAAUGCAAAAACUAACAGUGGACAUUUAACCCCUCCACCUUUAGCAGAACAUAUUCAGAAGACACCAAAAAGCGGGUCACACGUUAGAAAUUUGGAUUUUUCAACACCUCCAAAAAUAACUUCAUCACCUAAACAAUCUUUUCCGAGUAAAGAUGAGAAUAACAUUUGCGUUCAGAAAAUACAAACAACUAAAACUUCGUUUAAUUCACAGAAUGAUAGCGACAAAACUUUGCAAGUCAAAGAACAAAAAACUUGGGAUUCAGAUUUACGAGCUGCUAUAAUACUACCUGAAGAAGAAGAAAAGGUUGUAUGUAACAAAUUGAAGAAAAAAAAGAAAACGCCAGUUAAAAAAGUUAAAAAAAAAGUUAAAAAGAUCAAAUCGGCGAAGAAAAAUUUAAACACUACAGAGCAGAAUGCAGCUCUUAUAGAAGCUGCUCUUCAAACACCAGUUAAGACUGAAAAUAGAAAAGAUACAAAUUCAGAACCACUAAAUAGUGAUGGCAAAAUAGAAAAUCAAGUUAAUAUAAACAGUGAAGAAACUGUUAUUAAUUCCAAAAGUGAUAAGGUAUUAAAACAUGAUGACAAUUCAAGAAAAUUAGAAAGUCAAGCCAAAGAUUCUAAUGAGUGCAAUACAAACAAAACAGUCCUUUCUCCGUCAAAACUAAAUGCUAGUAAACGUAAACUGAUAAAAUCAGAUGUUACUGAUAACACCACCAAUGAUUUAGUUAAGCCAGUGGACGAAACAAAUAAAUUUAUAACUCCAGAAAUGGUUAAGGAAAAUUUUCAUUACCCAAUUAAAGCCAAUAGAAAUAUAACUGCCUUGUUUGAAACUCCUCUGAAAAAUGAAUUCCUACCUAAAACUCCAGGGAGCCCUAAUGCUAGCUUAAAUACACCUUUCACUAAAAUGCUCGAAGCAAAUUUAAAAGGUAUUGAUAUAUCUUGCUUACCAACGCCAAAUAUUCCAGUUACUCCAAAUUUUCCUCCCUUCACACCUAACGUUGAGGCAUCCUCCCCUUACUCAAGGCGCACAGAUUAUUCCACGUCAAGUUCAUAUUACCACCCAUCGGAUAGCGAACCAAAUCGUUCCUUGGAAGCUAAUGUCAUUGAACUAGAAAAACAGGUGGUAACAUCCUCUAGUGACGUGACGAAAAAUGUUGACAAAGAUGAGACAGAAAAUCGAGAACCAAAAAAUGACCUCAUUAAACCUGGAAUGAAUCCAGUAGAUCAACGUUUAAAAAUGUUUAAUAAUACUGUUAUUGGAAAAAAAAAUUUAAGUUUAGUAAAGCCGAGUAUUGAGUCUAGUUCUAGUUCAAGUGAUUCAUCUUCCGAAAGCUCCAGUGAAGAAGAUUGGGUAGAUAAAAGUGAUGAAACCAUUAUUUAUAAUAAAAAAGCAGCAGAAACACCAAAGAGAACAUAUUCUCUACGAAACAGAACUAUUAACAAGAAACAGGAUGUUACAAAAACAUCAGAAAUUAAAGAACCGAAUAUUAGACAGGCAAAUAGAUGUAUAAAAACCAGUGUGAGAUCGGUUGUUACAAAUGCAGCACAAAAACGGGAGGAAUCUCAGAUUUGUCUUAAAAGUGAAAUUCCUACUGAUACACAACUUAACUGCGAAGAUAAUAAAAUGGCUGUCAAGGAGAAAGAAAAUAAACCAUUAAUUAAAAAUAAUUUGAUUCGACAAACUUUAAGGAAAGAAUUAAAUGAAAAAUUGACUAGAACUAUGACCAAAAUAAAAAAUGUGGAAAAACCUGUAAAGAAAAAUUCCAGAAAGCCUGUGAAAAACACAAAAUCAAAAUUUAUGAAAAUAAAAUUUGUUUCAAGGAAAAAAAAACUGGAGAAGUCAGAUGAGAAUCUAAAAAGAAUUAUUGACGAGGGAAUUAAGAAUAUAGACGAUGAUUUAGGUGUUACAGACUCGAAUAGUCAUACUUUACAACAUAAGUGUAAAAGAAAGGGGGGUGGAGAUAAAGAUAGUCCAACUAAAAAAAUAGAAAAAAUUGACAAAUCUACCUUAGAUAUAGAAGCACAAAAGUUAAUUGAAGGUUUAAAAGAAAGAGGUAUUCACUUAAUGAAAAACAAAUCGUCUCCAAACAAAAAAACUAAUGGAACUUCUAACUUUUCAGAACUUGAUAAAACCCGUAAUAACGAUGGUGGCACUUCAAAAGAUGUUACUGAAAACAAUUGCACCGUGGAAAAUUCACGUGAAAGGAGUACUUUAGAACUUGAAACUGAUUGUAGAGAGACAUAUGAUACAGUGGUAUUCGAGGAUUAUGAAUGUAUAGUAUUCAGUGAAUCAAAAGGGAUAACAAAAACAUUUGAGAACUAUGAUACAAAAGUAUUAGAAAAGAAAUUUAUUGGAAAGGUAUCUAUUGAAGAAACAGAAAAUGAAAUUGAAAUUCCACUUGAAGUUACACCAUUCUACACUUUGCUAGAUAUUUCAUCAUCUAGAAACCAACCCCAAAAACAAAAAGGGACAAAUCAAAAAACUAAAGAUAGAAAUAAAAAGACAGAAGAGAAAGUAAUCAAUAAAGAUACUACAAUAAAGACUGAUACAAACAAGAUUAGUACGUGUGUACCACCAAAUCUUAUUUCUGGAAGUGAUCAUAUAAAUCAUGUGAUUCUGGGGAGUUCAGGGGAAGAUAGAGAUGGAUUGGAAGCACCAUGCACGAAAAAAAGAAAAGUUGAAAAAGAAGACUGCCGUGUACCAGAAGAAAAGGAGUGCAAAACCCUUUUACAACAAAUUAAUGUUGACACUUUCCUUAACAACAUUUAUGGCAAUAGUUAGCUACAAUUCAGUUAUGUGUAAAUAUUUGUAUAAAUUUGCACAAAAUACUUGUUAGAAUAUAAGAUAUUUAUUUACAUAGUAUUUCUACACUACUUUCUGCCAAAGUAAAAAAAUAUUCUUGUUUUAUAGUUAAAACUUUGUACAUAUUUAAUGUUUAUAAUUUGUACAUUAUAUCUAUAAAGUUUUUUAAAUGAAUAUUCUGUUCUUCUUGACAUCAACGAAAUAUAUGUAUUUUUAAGUAUCACUGUAAUAUGUCUUCUUUAAUUCAGUUAGUGUCAUUACUAAUUUAUUUUUCACUUCUUUCACGGACAUUGUCAACUAUUAUGUUCCGUACAAAUAAAAUUAAGUUUUCUUGCGAGGUACCGUCACUGCUAAGUUAUAAAUGUGUCAUAUUUAUAUUCAUAGCUUAUGUUUAUAUAAACUCAUAUGUAUAUCAAUCUCAAAGUAUUUUUCGUUUAGCAAUAAAGGUGAAAAGCUGCAA